GGGAUGGCGAUUUCCCAUACCGCAGGGUGGUAACUUCUUUCUCCAUGCGCAAUGUGGUCCCAUCAAAUAACAUCUCCUUCCGUGUGAUUUAAGGCGGAAGUUUUCUUUCUCUAUCUUCUACCUCUUCCUCCGGCGCUUUCUACAGUUCCCCUUCCCCGCUGCUCCAUCCUACAGUCAUGUGCCACCAUCAUUUUCGCCAUGUGUUUCAAGAGAGGUGCGAGCAAGAGGACAUCUGAUGCCCCCCCGGCGCCUAAGCGCCUGCCCGAAAGGUUGACAGGUCGGAACACCCGUACAUUGAUGGCCGCCGCAGAGGAGAUGGCUUUGGUGGUACAUGAGGGCGCAAGUUCGCCUCCGAAGGCGAAGAUGGAAAAUCCGCCCAUCCUUUCUCCUUUGAUUCUGAGGAUAGCAACCCAGCUUCGGGAGCGUGUCCUGGCUUACGGCGUUCCCGCGGAGCGUCCUCUACUUCCCGCUACCGUGGCUCACCCUAGCGAGGACUUUCCGGCAAUCCGGCGGGAGGAGUCCAUUUUUUUCAGUUUUGUGCUGGUGGUGCUUGUCCCCCUAUUUGCCAGGUUCUUUUUGGAUAUUCUUGAUGCUACCACAUUAACUUGAUUCAUUUGACACCCAACUCCAUCCUCAAUUUGUCUAUUUUCUCUCAUUUCUGUGAGAUGUUUGUCGGGGUUAUGCCCUCAGUGGCCCUAUGGCGUUGUACCCUACUUCCCAGUGCGACCCUCGAAUUCCUGGGAGUUGUUACUUCUGCUUGCGUGGUCACCACGAGGUAGAGUACCCGGCGCAUCAGUUUCGUUCCAAAUGGGACGAUUGGGAAAAGUCCCGGUGUUACAUCUAGGCAGAUGUGGGGUUAUCUACCUGGAUCCCUACUACGAGGGCGGUUCAUCGGGACGACUGGCAAAUCCCCUCCCAUGAAGACUACAAGAUGUGACCCGUUUCUGAUCUGGUGCACUUGAUGCGCUCCAGGGGGCUGACGACCGCCAAGGUGGUUGCUGAUUUUGUCAGGCGCCGUUUGCCUCCUCUGAAGAAGCGGAACCGGGCCGCCUGGACAUAUACGGAUGUGAAUGUCAUCGGUCGGACCCACUUCGGCCCAAAUAGCGUCCUUAGCGACGUGGCCAUGCUGAAGGUGGUGAAGAAGAUCCUGGUGGAUGAUUGCAGCUCCUUGGCCCCUCCAGAGGGAGUGGCGCCCCUGGCUGAGGAUCGCAUUCGGUUGGAGAUUCUCCACUACCUCCCUCUCUGCGACUCCAAAGGUGUCUGCCAAGGUUCAUCAGGGACGAUUCAGAUUGGGCAGCCGACUAGGACGACCGGGGAGGACUUCCUGAAUCGUAGUCCCGACAAAUGCUGCAACUACCGCCCAAUUUUUCCACCAGCUCCUUUUGGGGUUUCAUUUCUCGCCUGCAGGCCAGUGCUUUUGAGAACAACCUUCAUGAAUUUCUGACCUAGGGGAAGGGAGGUGGUCGACACCAAUCUCUUCACCAUGUCCCUCACCUCCCCGACUGCCUCCCCGGAACUGCUGCCCCACCAAGUAAUGGGGUUCAAAGCGGUCGCCUGGGCACUGGGCCUGGACCCAGUGGCGGACCUAGAGGCCCUGUACUAGGCAGCGGCCCCAUGCAUAGACUUACCCGAAGAGUUAAUCGAGGUCGGCCCCUCGGGGUACCUCAGUUCUCCUGAGGACGCCGCUCAGGGAGGGGGUGUAACACCCCGGAUGUAACUUUCCAUAUUUGUAACUCCAACUCUUGCCAUUUUCGGCUAUGUGUUAUGAUAUUCCC